ACAUUCCCUUACUAGUGAGCCAUUUUUCACCAGCUCUUAUUUAGGCUUGUGUGAAUACUUGAGCCCGCCCGGCCCCCGGCCCCCCUGGUAUAUUUAAGGAGCAUCCCUCACACUCACCCUCUGUCCCAGUGGAAAAUCCAGUCUUCCAGUACAGCUUGACCAUCCCAGAAAAAACUAACCAUGUGUGACGACGACGAGACCACCGCCCUCGUGUGCGACAAUGGCUCUGGUUUGGUCAAGGCUGGGUUUGCCGGUGAUGACGCUCCCCGUGCUGUCUUCCCUUCCAUUGUUGGCAGACCCCGUCACCAGGGUGUGAUGGUGGGUAUGGGUCAGAAGGACAGCUAUGUUGGAGAUGAAGCCCAGAGCAAGAGAGGUAUCCUGACUCUGAAGUACCCCAUUGAGCACGGUAUCAUCACCAACUGGGACGAUAUGGAGAAGAUCUGGCACCACACCUUCUACAAUGAGCUGCGUGUGGCCCCUGAGGAGCACCCCACACUGCUCACUGAGGCCCCACUCAACCCCAAGGCCAACAGGGAGAAGAUGACCCAGAUCAUGUUUGAGACCUUCAACGUCCCAGCCAUGUAUGUGGCCAUCCAGGCUGUGCUGUCCCUGUACGCCUCUGGCCGUACUACUGGUAUUGUGCUGGACUCUGGUGAUGGUGUGACCCACAACGUCCCCAUUUAUGAGGGUUAUGCUCUCCCCCAUGCCAUCAUGCGUCUGGAUCUGGCUGGUCGUGACCUGACUGACUACCUGAUGAAGAUCCUGACUGAGCGUGGCUACUCUUUUGUGACAACUGCUGAGCGUGAGAUUGUACGUGACAUUAAGGAGAAGCUGUGCUAUGUCGCUCUGGACUUUGAGAACGAGAUGGCCACUGCUGCAUCCUCCUCCUCCCUGGAGAAAUCCUACGAGUUGCCCGAUGGCCAGGUCAUCACCAUCGGCAAUGAACGUUUCCGUUGCCCCGAGACCCUCUUCCAGCCUUCCUUCAUUGGUAUGGAGUCUGCUGGUAUCCAUGAGACUGCCUACAACAGCAUCAUGAAGUGCGACAUUGAUAUCCGCAAGGAUCUGUACGCCAACAACGUCUUGUCUGGUGGUACCACCAUGUACCCUGGUAUUGCUGACCGCAUGCAGAAGGAGAUCACUGCUCUGGCCCCCAGCACCAUGAAGAUCAAGAUCAUUGCUCCCCCUGAGCGUAAGUACUCUGUAUGGAUUGGUGGCUCCAUCCUGGCUUCCCUGUCCACCUUCCAGCAGAUGUGGAUCAGCAAGCAGGAAUAUGAUGAGGCUGGCCCCUCCAUUGUCCACAGGAAAUGCUUCUAAAUGCUUAUCCUAUCCGUCCGUUUACCCCUCUGUCUGCAUUUGUACUGUUUCAAUUACUGUAUAUACAUGUACUAUUGUAAUAAAGUUAACUGCCUGUAACAGUA